GACAGCUCAUCUGUGUGAUGUGAAGGACACGACGUAGCCAGAAACAGAACCAAAUCGAAAAAAGUCUCUACUUCUCGCAGCAAGAGUGGCGCAACUCCGGCGAGAUUUGAUUGAUGUCUUCCACUUUUAGCCCCGGUCAGAGCCCCGGCAGCUCCCGGUUGCUGCAGCUUGGUGUUGCCGGCUCUGCCUCACGCCUUAGAUCUUCUUCCUCCAAGAAGCCACCUGAGCCCCUGCGCCGGGCCGUGGCGGAUUGCCUCUCAUCCUCUCAUCCUCCGACCAGCUCGCACCAUGGGGCGAUCCCUUCCAUGGCUCCGUCUGAAGCUCUUAGGAAUCUCCGGGAUUAUUUAUCAGUCUCUGCCACGACUGACCUGGCCUACAACAUGCUGUUAGAGCAUACCAUAGCAGAGAGAGAUCGCAGUCCAGCCGUGGUGACGAGGUGUGUGGCAUUACUGAAACGGUAUCUCUUAAGAUAUAAGCCUGGGGAGGAGACACUACUGCAGGUCGAUAGAUUUUGCGUAAACCUGAUUGCUGAGUGCGAUGCUAGCUUGAAGCAAAAAUCAUUGCCUGUUUUAUCAGCACAAGCGGGUGCUUCUCCUUUACCAGUGUCCAGUUUUGCUUCUGCAGCUUUGGUGAAGUCAUUGCAUUAUGUGCGUUCCCUUGUGGCUUUGCAUAUUCCAAGGCGAUCCUUUCAACCUGCAGCAUUUGCGGGAGCUACUCUUGCGUCAAGGCAGUCAUUGCCAUCUCUAUCCUCUUUGUUGAGCAAAUCAUUCAAUUCUCAACUAAGUCCUGCAAAUGCCGCAGAAUCUCCACAGAAGAAGGAUGCUGCAAAUCUGUCUGUUUCAAACUUGUCAAAUAUACAAGAGUUUAAUGCUAUGGAAGGCAUUGAAUAUAUAUCACAAGACUUGCUGAAUUGGCGUUGGGUUGGGGAGCUCCAGUUAUCAUCAGCUUCUUCUGAAAGCGAACGACCUGUGAAUCUUCAAGACAUGAACAAUUGUAAUCUUCUGGAAGUUGGUGCUGCCGGCUUACUUGUAGGAGAUAUGGAAGCUAAAAUGAAGGGCCAGCACUGGAAAUAUUUUGGUACGACAGAGAUGCCUUAUUUAGAACAAUUGCUGCAGCCAGCUUCAGUCACGAUGAUAACAAACUCAGCCUCAGCUCGCUCCCAUUUGAGAGCAAUAACAGCUUCCAAACGCACUAGAGCUGGCCCUCAGCAGAUCUGGGAUGAUUCCACAGUGAGCACAUUUCGUCCACGUGCCAGACCACUUUUUCAGUAUCGUCAUUACAGUGAACAACAACCACUGCGCUUAAAUACUGCCGAGGUAGGUGAGGUGAUCGCCGCUGUUUGCUCUGAGGCAUCAUCCACCCCUUCAAAUCAAAUGACCAUAUCACCUCAAUUAACUAGCAAGGCAGGGAAGCCGUCGAUGGAUGUGGCUGUGAGCGUCCUGAUAAAGCUUGUUAUUGACAUGUAUGUCUUGGACUCUAGAAUUGCUGCUCCUCUUACUCUGUCCAUGCUCGAGGAAAUGCUAUGCUCCACAAAUGCAGCUUGUAGGAUUCGUGUAUUUGAUUUAAUUCUUAAUUUAGGAGUUCAUGCACAACUGUUAGAGCCAAUGAUAAGUGAUAAUGCUACAACCAUUGAGGAAGAAUAUGCCCAAGAAACAUUUAUCGACAAUGAAAAUAGGCUACUGCUGCAAGGGACAAGAACGAAAGACUUGCCUAAGAUGUCAACCACUUCUUCAGCCAUUGAGAACUUCGAGUCUUGGAUAUUAAAAAUCUUAUUCGAAAUACUUCUUCUCCUAGUUCAGGUUGAGGAAAAGGAGGAAUCCGUUUGGGCAUCUGCUCUCAGCUGCUUACUAUAUUUUGUCUGUGAUAGAGGCAAAAUACGGAGAAACCAGCUAUAUGGUCUUGACAUAAGGGUUAUCAAAGCUCUUCUGGGAACUAGCAAAAGGAAUUCUUGGUCAGAAGUUGUUCAUUCCAAGCUUAUUUGUAUCAUGACAAACAUGUUUUAUCGAUCUCCAGAACUAGAUGGCUCUACCAAAGCAACUUCAAGUGCCUCCAAUUUUCUUAUAGACCAGGUCGAUCUGAUUGGUGGUGUGGAGUUCAUUUUCUUUGAGUACUCGUUGGCAACCACUAGAGAGGAAAGAAGAAAUCUCUACUCGGUUUUAUUUGACUAUGUCCUGCAUCAAAUUAAUGAGGCCUGCUCAGCUGCUGGUCUUUCUGAAUACACUGAUGAUGAGAUUCAACCUUUGGCUGUUCGUCUUGCUCUUGCUGAUGCACCUGAAGCUUUCUACAUUUCUGUUAAGCUUGGUGUUGAAGGCAUAGGGGAAAUCCUGCGAAGAUCAAUUGCUGCAGCAUUGUCUGGUUUCAGCAACAGCGAACGUCUAAGCCAGCUAUUGGCAAAUAUAACAGAAAAAUUUGACACAAUAAUAGGUUCGUUUACCCACUUAGACAAAGAGUUUCUGCAUCUCAAGCAGAUAACCAAAUCUUCCAAGUUCAUGGAAAGCAUACAAGAGUUAAGACAUGAUAUAAGCAUGUCAGUGAAUCUAGCUUGGGCCACUUUGCACUCUCUUCUUCAUUCAGAAAGGGCCACAUACCGUCAAAAUGGUUAUAUCUGGUUGGGGGAUCUUCUGAUUACGGAAAUUAGUGAAGAGAGUGGUGGCACUAUAUGGCUGAGCAUAAAAGAUCUGCAGCAAAAGAUUGCCCAUUGUGGGGCCUCCGACUCUCUGGUUACUUCUAAUAUACCUGUUUCCAUACAUCUUCUAUGUGGACUGUUGAAGUCAAAGAACAGUGUUAUCAGAUGGGGUUUCUUGUUCAUUCUAGAGAGGCUUCUUAUGCGUUCCAAGUUCUUACUAGAUGAAAAUGAGACACAGCGAUCAACUGGUGGAAAUGCUAGUCAGGAUCAUAAAGACACACGACUAGAGAAAGCAAAUGCUGUUAUAGACAUAAUGAGCAGUGCUUUGUCUUUGAUGGCACAAAUAAAUGAAACUGACCGGAUUAAUAUCUUAAAGAUGUGUGACAUUCUUUUCUCACAAUUGUGCUUGAAAGUUUUGUCUACUGAUGAGGAAACAGUUUCCAAUUCUGCUGAUAGAAAUAGCAGCAAAUUUGAAACAUCCCAUCGUAACAGCUAUAAAGAAAACAUGGAUGAAGCUGACACCAGACCUCGGUACAACAAUGUCUCUGUUUCAACGUGCGAGACAGCGUCAAUGGCAGCAAUGCUUCUCCGUGGACAGGCUAUCGUCCCUAUGCAGCUGGUUGCGCGUGUUCCAGCGGCUUUGUUCUAUUGGCCCUUGAUUCAACUAGCAGGUGCAGCAACUGACAACAUUGCACUUGGUGUUGCCGUUGGAAGCAAAGGAAGAGGAAAUAUCCCAGGGGCAACCUCUGAUAUUCGAGCCACCCUGCUUUUACUUCUAAUCGGUAAAUGCACUGCAGAUACAGUUGCUUUUCAAGAAGUUGGUGGAGAGGAAUUCUUUAGGGAACUCCUGGAUGAUACUGACUCAAGGGUGGCUUAUUACUCUUCAGCAUUUCUUUUGAAGAGGAUGAUGACGGAGGAACCAGAGAAAUACCAAAACAUGCUUCAGAAGCUUGUCUUCAAGGCUCAGCAGAGUAAUAAUGAGAAACUGCUGGAGAAUCCAUAUCUGCAGAUGUGUGGUAUACUUCAGCUAUCAAACGAGCUUUGAACUCGCGGUUGUCAUAAGUCUCCAGUUUCUUAUAUAUGGCUUCUGUAAGUUCCUCGGUUUCAGAAAAUCGUAGAGAGUUACUUUAUCACCGCCCUAAUUAUCCGCUUCCUGCCGUGCAAAAGGAGAAGAGAUUUAGUGAAAGUAAAAAAACGACAAUUCAUAGAUACUGGACUCAUCCCUGUAAGUAGCUGGACAAUCUGCAAGUGAAUUCAGAUAUGGCUCCAUGUGUAACAGAGUUUGGUGAGGUUAUCUAUCAUCACUUAGGCUAUUUUGCCUUCCUUUAUCAUCACUCGUUGGUUGAGAUCUUGAAGGUUCCGAAGAAAGGCGAUGAUAGUAAAGACUAAAGAGUGAAGCUUGAUGAACGGGAUCAACAGAAAUGUGAUAUAACUCCAUCCGCCUUCUCCUUUUUCUGCGGGAACGGCGCUGACUUACAGAAACACUGAGCUUCUGAUAAUUGCCGGCAUGUCAUUUUUUGGCCUAACAAACUGUAGUUUUUUUUUUCUCUUAAGCUCUGUGUGUAAAAGUAAUAACAAAUCAUGAACAGAGGCUGCAGCUCCAGAAGUUUUCCUUUCCUUGGAGCUCUGCUUUUGUACAGUCAGGAACAAAACCAAUUAGGGGUUGUGUUGUGUAGAGAACUAGAGAUAGAGGCUGUGGCCUUUGGGUGUUGAAUGUUUUGCCUUCAAAAAAUUUAUGUGAAAAGUGUGAGCCUAACCGGUGCUUUUGUAAUCUAAAAAAAAUCUAAA